CCAAGAGGAUCCGCCUUCGAUUCCUCCCUUAAAAGAACCUGCUGCUUAUUUGGCAGUUCCAUCCGCUGGACGCUCACUAGAUCCGCCGGUGGCUGCUGAUCGUGGAGGGGAUUUCUUCAGACAUGCCAUCAGCGGGACUUGAGAUAUUAGGCGUGACUCUGGCUCUGCUGGGAUGGAUCUCCGCCAUCGUUUCCUGCGCGUUGCCCAUGUGGAGAGUGCCGGCGUACAUCGGCAGCAACAUCGUGACGGCGGAGAGCAUCUGUGAGGGCAUCUGGAUGAGCUGCGUGAUCCAGAGCACCGGCCAGAGGCAGUGCAAGGUCUACGACUCCAUGCUGGCUCUGAGAGCCGACCUCCAGGCCGCCCGCGCCCUCUCCGUCAUUUCCAUUGUGUUGGGGCUUCUGGGACUCCUGAUGUCCGUCACGGGGGCAAAGUGCACCAACUGCGUGGACGAAGAGGCGGCUAAAGCGCGGGCGAUGAUCGCCUCCGGAGCGGCUUUCGUUCUGGCCUCCCUCACCCAGAUAAUCCCCGUGUCCUGGUCCGCUCACAAUAUCAUCAUGGAGUUCUACAGUCCAGUCAUACCGGAUCCCCAGAAGAGGGAGAUCGCAGCCAGUAUGUCUAUAGGACUGGAGCUGAUUGGCAUCUCCCUGUGCAUCCUGGGAUGGAUCAUCGCCAUCGUGGCGUGCGCCCUGCCCAUGUGGCGGGUGACGGCGUUCAUCGGCAGCAACAUCGUGACGGCGCAGAUCAUCUGGGAGGGCUUGUGGAUGAGCUGCGUGGUGCAGAGCACAGGCCAGAUGCAGUGUAAGGUGUACGACUCCAUGUUGGCGCUGUCGCCGGACCUCCAGGCGGCCCGCGCCCUCACCGUCAUCUCCAUCCUGCUGGCCAUCCUGGCCGUGCUGGUGGCCAUCGCCGGGGCGAAGUGCACCAACUGCAUCGAGGACGAGGCCUCCAAGGCCAGGGUGAUCAUCGUAUCCGGGGUGCUGUUCAUCGUUUCUGGCGCCAUGCAGCUCAUCCCCGUUUCCUGGUCGGCCCACACCAUCAUCAGGGACUUCUACAACCCGCUGCUGACCGACGCCCAGCGGCGGGAGCUGGGGGCGGCGCUGUACGUCGGCUGGGGCGCCGCCGCGCUCCUGGUUCUCGGAGGAGGACUUCUUUGCUGCUCCUGUCCGCCUCGGGAGACGAGGUACAACAGCUCCAGGAUGGCGUACUCAGCCCGGUCCGUGGGCGGCCCGGUUUUAGAGAGAAAGGACUACGUAUGAGUGGAGGCCGAACACGAACGGGUCCCACAGGAACACUGAGUCCGGACGGGAGGGGGCUUGAAGAAAACAAGAAUUUCACUGCAGAAACAAAACUUUACCAAGAGUUUUUGUCUAGUUUUUUUCUGCAAAUAUUCUCCUGAGGACCAAACUAACAAGUAACUUUCAGGAGCUUGUUUUAUGUCAAUACUGCUUAAAUGUUUAGUUAAAAAAGUACCAGCUCCACUUUACAGCAAGACAUCUGCCAGUGGAAUGACACUGCAAAAUCUCAAAAUCUUACCAGGUUUUUUUUCCAUCUAGUUUCUAGUGCAAAUAUCUCUGUGCACUUAAAAUAGUACAAAACUAACUCAAAUAAUUUUUAUGCAAAAUACAGGAGCUUGUUUUAAGGCAAUUAUUCUUAAUAAAAAUGGAAAAAGUACAAGUUCCUCUGGCAAGUUAUGUAACUUAAAACACUGUGGAAAAUAUUUUGUUAUAAAUGAAAUAAUUUGAUAAUAUUCAUAAAAUAUUAAUUCAGAACAAUCUCCUAUAUCUUACUAAUAAGUUACUUGUAAGUUAGUUUUGUCUUAUUUCAAGUGUACUCAUUUAUUUGCACUAGAAACUGGACCAAAAAUGUUUUCUCAGUGAAAAACACAAAUUUUUACCUAUUUUUUUGGUCUAAUUUUUAGUGAAAAUAUCUUAUUACUCUUUAAGUAAGAUACAAAUUACAUUUUAGGAGCUUGUUUUAAGUCAAUAAUUCCUAAAUAUAGAUUUUAAAAAGUACUUGCUCCACUGGUAUCAGAAAAACAUUCUUCCCUAAGUACAAAAUAUUUAAAAAUUAAUUCAAUUAUUUCUUCAAAAUAGUAUUGAAGGUUUCCAUCUAAACAGAUUACAUAAAGCCAUUGAUUUACAGCAUUUAAAUGAUCAAUAUUAAGGAAUUAAUUACUUAAAACCAGCUCCUUUGUCUUAAUGAAAAGUUACUUGAGUCUUCUUUUAAGUGAAAUGAUAUAUUUGCUCAAAGCUGGGGGAAAAAAUACUUUGUGAAAUUUAGUGUUUUUAUAGUGUAGAAACUGUUUAUACAAAACGCAUGUUUAUUCAAAUUUCUUUGUGCGCUGUCAUUUUCAGAGUCUUUCACUGUAAAAAAUCAGUUCAUUUUAUAAGAUUGUAGCUUUUUAAUGUAUGCAACUGAAAACUGAUCUCUGAUUUUUAUCAUCAAAACCCACUUUAAAUAAAAAAAAAGGAUGAAUUUCCAGUAAAGGGAGUUCCAGUAGGAACAUAAACACAGAUAAUAACUGUAUUCAACACAACUGCUAGUUUGUUGUGGUGAAGAGAUUAUGGUGUUUUGCGACAUUACGUAUUAAUUUACCUUGACGUCUUUGACACUCACUCCUGUGAUGUUUGUUUGUUUUUUAAUAAAAGUGUCACAAGCUG